GGACACGGCUUCCAUAUUGAAGAUGUCGUACAGUAAAGAUACAAUGAGUAAAUUGAAUGAAGCUCUUAUACUGCAACCACUCAAGAUAAGUGACGGUCAUAGGAAAAAACAGAUUGAAGACAAGCUCAUAGGCUUGUACAUUGAUGGACCAACAGUCAGCAGAAUACGUGAUAUAUUCAUGCAGGAGUUGAGGUCCGGUCUAAAGGGUGAAACGUCGGCAAUGCUGAUGCUAAACACUUUCAUCUCUCAACUUCCUGAUGACUCAGAAGAGGGGCAGUUUCUUGCACUUGACUUGGGAGGCACAAACUUCAGAGUUCUUCAUGUGAUGUUGGAGAAAGGGCAAAUUGUUGAUGAACAGUCGGAAAGCUACCAUAUAGAAAACGAGCUCCGAGUGGGCCGUGGAACUGACCUGUUCGACUUCAUUGCAAAAUGCAUUUCUUCAUUUCUACAGAAAUACCAGCUUACCAACAAAAAACUACCUUUAGGUUUCACCUUCUCAUUUCCCAUGAAGCAGACGAGUCUAUCGUCAGCCCAGCUGCUGAUGUGGACAUUAUCAUUCAGUGCCUCUGGUGUGGAGGGAGAGGACGUAGUGAAGCUUCUGACAGAGGCUCUUGAGAGGAACAACCUGAGCAAUGUCUCAGUGGUGGCCAUCAUUAACGACUCUACUGGAACUUUGUUACACGGAGUGCUCAAAGAUCGAAAUACAAACCUUGGUGUGAUCCUCGGAACUGGUACAAACGGUUGUUACUGGGAAAACACUGACAAUGUGCCUCAUUGGGGCUACAAAGAGCGAGGAAUUAAACAGGUAGCUGUCAACACAGAGUGGGGCUGCAUUGCUGACACAGGACUGUUAGACUUUGUCAAAACCCCUUAUGACGAACAAGUAGACCAAAAUUCUGUUGUCAAAAAUAUUUGUGUGUUUGAGAAAUUCACUGGAGGUGGAUUCUUGGGGGAGUUAGUGAGAUAUGCUUUGGUGGAUUUAGCAAACUCUGGCUUGAUAUUUGAAGGAACAAUUACCUCAAAAUUGUUGAAUGAAGACUCAUUCCCUUCAUCCUUUAUAACUGAAGUUGAAAAAGAUUCAAUGGAAAAAGUAACAACAAGAACAGAAGAAAUACUGAAGAACUAUGACCAAAGUUAUUCACAAGAUGAUGUUGCAGUUUUGAAAUAUCUCUGUGAAAUGGUUUCAAAAAGAGCUGCACUUCUGAUUUCGAUCUGUUGUGCAGAGGUUUUGAAAUACAUGAAUAAGCCCAAGAACACUGUAGCUGUGGAUGGAAGCUUUUACAAAUAUCAUCCUCGCAUCAGGCUGUGGAUGAAUGACUUUGUGUCUAUAAUGGCACCUGACCACAAGUGCAACUUCAUAGAAGCAGAUGAUGGCAGUGGCAAGGGGGCCGCAAUAGCAGCAGCAGUUGCCUUGAAACUUCAACAACACAGCAGUGAAACUGCAUGAAGAAAAAUACCGGUACCUACAAAACCUGCCGUACAGCCCGUGCCUUAUCAUUCCAAUAUGAGUAUUUAGAACUAGUGUUUAUAUUGUUUCUAUUAUUAUUAUUCUAUAUUUUUAACCAUACUUAACCGUUAAAGAUCAAGUAAAAUAUAUUGUUAAUGAUGACUUAACAUGUUGGUUUGUUACCAGGUCUCGGACAAUAUUGAUUACAUCUAUUUGUUUAGUAGACGCAAUGUUUUUCUUCUUGUUCAUUAAAUGGAUGAGAGGCAAGCAAUAAAUGGAGCAAUUUCAAUGUCCUA